AUGGGACAUUUUGGGGGAACGCACUUGGAGAAGAUAGAGCUCAAAAGGGAUCCACCGGCAAGGUGCGCCGGUUCCCACAACCGCAGAAAAUCAAAAAAUGAAAGUGAUGAAGUUUGUUGGGAUUCCAGGGUAUGCCCAGAAGAUAUGGAAGUUUAG